AUGGGCAGCCAGCAUCUACGCCAUGGACUAACGACAACAACAAGUCUGUCUCUGCAUGCCAUGAAGUCCACCACAGGGGAGCACGAGCAUCCUGCACACGAUACCUUGAGCUUGCCCUCGGACCCUGACGAGCUGGACAGUGGCAGUGAAAGCUCAGAGAAAUCCACCGGAGCUGGGAGCCCCAUGCAGGGCCACAGGGAGGCGGGGAGACGCAGAGGGGGUCGUAGACUUGCAGGGGUGAGCAAACAACGCCAGGCAGCUAACGCUCGGGAGCGAGACCGCACACACAGCGUCAACACUGCCUUCACGGCUCUGCGUACCCUGAUCCCCACGGAGCCGGCCGACAGGAAGUUGUCAAAAAUCGAGACCCUGCGAUUGGCAUCGAGCUACAUUUCACACUUGGCCAAUGUACUUCUGCUAGGGGAGGACUGCAGGGAUGGGCAACCAUGUCUGAAAUAUCACAACAUCUUACAAAGCAACUCCAACCUCAAAACUCCACCAGUCCGCCCCAUCUGUACCUUCUGCUUGAGUAACCAAAGGAAAAUGGUGAGUCCUUGA